AAUAGACUGUACCUUGUCACAAAAACACAUGAUGUACAGCUAUUACUAUUAAAAAUAAAAUCCAAACUGAUGUGCUUAUCAGGAAAACACAGUUAACUACAUGGUUCACUUUUUGUCACCAUGUCUCUUGACAAGAGUUAUUGUUCAAUCUGUGGCUUGAUUAGGCUUGGAUCAGAGGCAAAUGUUUUGCGGUGUGGACCUCUCUAGUACACAAUAAACCCAAGAUUCCUUAUUUAAAAUACCUUGGAGGUCAAGCUUCUAAAGUGAAAAUGAUUGAGAGAAGAAGAAUUUACAAAAAGAGUAGAGCAAACAACUUGAUUUGCUUUUAAGACUUUUAAGAAAAGGACUUUUAUGCUGUGCUGAUGCUAAGCCCUUUUAACUCCCCACAAUGUUCAUUAAGUUCUUAUACAGACAAACUGAAAAACCUAAGCACUCCCAAGAUCUAAAUGCUUUCAAUAUUUAUCAUAGAAGAACAAUUCAAAUUGCUAGGCGAUGCUAACGUAGUGUAAUUAGGGGGUAUGUCAAUGAUUCCUCUUUGUCGUGGCCAGCAGCAGUUCAGUUAUUUUUCUGGAAUAGAUACUUCUACCUGACUGUUUCCCAGCUGAUCUAAGAUGCUCUGAGGACGAUCAUCUGAGGAGUUAGGAUCUAAUAACAGUCAGGGACUUAGUGUCCUGAAGAACUUUUUAAUCCUCUGAUUCCUGAAUCCCACCAUAAGCCAGAGCCUUCUGUCACAUCCCUGUAAUAACAGGCAGCUUGAGAGCUCUGCAAUGCAACCCUUUUGUUCUGCCUUUGGGGGUCUUACAAAGUACCCCCUAGGCUUUCCUCACUAAUUUCGACCAGCAAGUGUUUCCUUCUUGUCCUCUGCCUAAGGUAGCACCCGGAGGGUCUUCCUUUCUGAACAACAACAAAGCAAGCCACACCAUGGGUGAGAUCAGCCAAGAUGCUGUGGAGAAAUACCUUGAGGAGAACCCUCAGUUCACCAAGGAGUACUUUUACAAGAAGCUUCGUGUUGAGGCACUGGGAGAAAUCUUCAAGAACAGCCAGGCCAUGGUUAAGGCCAGCGUGACAUUCCCCGAGCUGACACAGGUGGAGGAGUCGGCCCUGUGCUUGGAACUGCUGCGGUCCAUGCAGGAGGAGGCGAGCAGCGCCGAGCUGGUGACACACAGGGCCCUACAGAGGCUGGCCCAGCUGCUGCAGGCCGACCGCUGCAGCAUGUUCGUGUGCCGCGCCCGUAAUGGCACUCCAGAGGUGGCCUCCAGGCUGCUGGAUGUCACCACAACCUCCAAGUUUGAGGACAACCUGGUGGCCCCUGACAGAGAAGUCAUGUUUCCACUGGACACCGGAAUAGCAGGUUGGGUCGCUCACACAAAGAAAUCCCUCAAUGUCCCUGAUGUGAAAAAGAACAGCCAUUUUUCUGACUUCAUGGACAAAAUGACUGGGUAUAUCACAAGGAACCUGCUGGCAACUCCGAUCAUGAUGGGCAAGGAGGUUCUUGCUGUGGUUAUGGCAGUAAACAAAGUAAAUGCAUCAGAGUUUUCCAAACAGGAUGAGGAGGUCUUUUCCAAAUGCCUCAACUUUGUUUCUGUCAUCCUAAGGCUUCAGCAUAUCAAUUACCUGUACAGCGUUGAGUCCAGAAGAAGUCAGAUCCUUAUGUGGUCAGCCAAUAAAGUAUUUGAAGAGCUCACGGAUGUUGAGAGACAGUUUCACAAAGUGCUGUACACAGUUAGAACAUAUCUGAACUGUGAACGGUACUCCAUUGGACUGCUGGACAUGACUAAAGAGAAGGAAUUCUUUGAUGAAUGGCCAAUCAAGCUUGGAGAAGUGGAGCCUUACAAAGGUCCAAAGACGCCAGAUGGCAGGGAAAUAAUCUUUUAUAAAAUAAUUGAUUAUAUUUUACAUGGAAAAGAAGAAAUCAAAGUGAUUCCGAUACCUCCUGCAGACCACUGGACACUCAUUAGUGGGUUGCCAACGUAUGUUGCUGAAAAUGGAUUUAUAUGUAACAUGCUGAAUGCCCCUGCAGACGAAUACUUCACAUUCCAGAAAGGACCUGUAGAUGAAACUGGCUGGCUUAUUAAAAAUGUCUUAUCCCUGCCUAUUGUCAACAAGAAAGAAGAUAUUGUGGGUGUCGCUACGUUUUACAACAGGAAGGAUGGAAAACCCUUUGAUGAGCAUGACGAGCACAUUACUGAGACUCUCACACAGUUUCUUGGAUGGUCUCUUCUAAAUACGGACGCCUAUGAGAAAAUGAAUAAGCUAGAAAGCAGAAAGGACAUUGCUCAGGAAAUGCUUAUGAACCAGAUCAAAGCCUCUGCUGAUGAAAUUAAGUCUGUUUUGAAAUUUAAAGAGAAGUUAAAUAUGGAUGUAAUUGAAGACUGUGAAGAAAAACAACUUGUCACAAUUUUGAAAGAAGACUUGCCGGAUCCAAAGGCAGUAGACCUAUAUGAAUUCCACUUCAGUGACCUUUCCAUUACUGAGCAUGAAUUAAUUAAAUGUGGACUACGAGUGUUUUUUGAAAUCAAUGUGGUGGAGAAAUUCAAAGUACCUGUAGAGGUUCUUACCAGAUGGAUGUACACAGUGAGGAAGGGGUACCGUUCCAUCACUUACCACAACUGGCGGCACGGAUUCAAUGUGGGGCAGACCAUGUUUACCUUGUUGACGACAGGAAGACUGAAGAAAUAUUACACAGAUCUUGAAGCAUUUGCCAUGGUUGCUGCUGCUUUCUGCCAUGAUAUUGACCACAGAGGCACCAAUAAUUUGUACCAAAUGAAAUCCACAUCUCCACUAGCCAAGCUUCACGGGACCUCUAUUUUGGAGAGGCACCACCUGGAGUACAGUAAGACUCUCUUGCAGGAUGAGAGUUUAAACAUCUUCCAGAACCUAAAUAAGCGGCAGUUUGAAACAGUUAUUCAUCUGUUUGAGGUCACAAUAAUAGCAACUGAUUUGGCUUUGUAUUUCAAGAAGAGAACCAUGUUUCAAAAACUUGUUGAUGCCUGUGAACAAAUGCAAACUGAAGAGGAGGCCAUCAAAUAUGUAACCACUGAUCCAACCAGAAAAGAGGUUAUCAUGGCAAUGAUGAUGACUGCAUGUGACCUAUCUGCUAUAACCAAACCCUGGGAGGUACAAAGUCAGGUAGCACUUCUGGUUGCAAACGAAUUUUGGGAACAAGGAGAUCUGGAGAGAACAGUGCUGCAGCAACAACCUAUUCCUAUGAUGGACAGAAACAAAAAAGAUGAACUACCUAAACUUCAAGUUGGAUUUAUUGACUUUGUUUGUACUUUCGUAUAUAAGGAGUUCUCACGGUUUCACAAAGAAAUCACACCUAUGCUGAAUGGUCUUCAGAAUAACCGAAUGGAAUGGAAAUCCCUAGCUGAUAAGUAUGAUGAAAAGGUGAAGAUAAUGGAAGAGGAGGUGAAAAAGCAGGAAGAAGAAAACAUGAAUGGAAAAGCUGCCCAAGAUUCAGGAGAUGGUGGUGAUGACAAAAAGUCCAAAACAUGUUUAAUGUUGUAAUAUAAUCCAACUGGUCUAAAUUUCGAAUAUUACCUUAGUUUUGAAGUGAAACAGAAAACAUUCAAAAGAACUUCAGUAAAUUUUACUCAGCAACUACUAAGUAAGAGAAUCUUUAGAAAAAUUACUGUGACUACCAAAGAGAAUAUAAACUGCUGACCUGAAAACCCUGAGGGUAAAAUAAAGUUCAACUGAAGUCCAAAAAAUAAGACAAAAAUAAGUGUGCUUUGGUGCCAAUUUAUUUCAAACUUAAUCCUACAACUAGUUACAAAUUUUAAAAAAGUAUUAAUUAUAUUUAUUUGCUAAGGCUAUAGAAAAGUAUCAUAGACUUGGUUUUUUGAGAACAACAGAAAUUUAUUUUCUCACAAUUGUGGUGGCCAGAACCCAGAAUUUCAAGAUCCAAGUGCUGGCAGGGUAGGUUUCUUGUGAAACCUCUCAACUUAGUUUAUAAAUGGCCACUUUCCCCAUGUCUUCACAUGGUUGUUCCUCUGUGUUUGUGUAUUAUUAGUUUCAUUCUUGUAAGGACAUCAGUCGUAUUGGUUUAGGGCCUACCUAUAUGACCUCAUUUUAAUCUUAAAUACUUCGUUAAUGGCCCUCUGUGGCAAAAGGAUUAGGAUUGCAACAUAUGAUUGGGAGGUGAGGGGGUAUUUAGCCCACAACAUUUAUCUUUGUGAUUCAUACCACAAACUACUUCCUGAACUAAAAAUUUCCCAUCCACAUGUCAAAGUUAAAAACACUGUAGAAUGUAUCAAGGUAUAUAAAUACAGUACGGAAAACAAAAGAAGAAAGGAUGUCAAAUCUUAUUCCUCCUGAACUGCUUAUUAUGUCUUUAUAUUUUUACCCUUGAAAAUGGCACGAUGCAGACCAUAACCUUCUAGGCAGUUUGUAAAAACAGUUAUCACUGUCUUAUGCUUCGCCUUUAAAGUCUAAAAUCAAUUAUUGUUAUGCAUAAAUACAAUUUUUAACACUAAGAAUUAUUCUCAUCGAAAGACUUUUCAGUUUAUAAGACACUAUGAGGAUAAUCCCAAUGCAAGCUAAAUCAGUGCAUAAAUAUUCUGCAUCAGUAGGGGUCCUGAUUUGAUUAUGCAGCACAAACCUCACUUAUCAAAAGCAGCCUGGAAAGACGUCAACCUAGACUACUUUAAAAAAAAAUUAUUAACAGCAGUAUUCAGGAGACAUUGUAAAUAUUAAAUUGUGAUGAGAAACUAAGAGCUGCAUAGGAUGGCACACACCUGUAAUCUCAGCUAUUCUGGGGGUUAGACAGGAGGAUAUAAAACUGAGACCAGCCUUGGCAACUUAGUAAGAUCUUGUCUCAAAAAACCAAACAAAACAGGACUGGGGAUGUGGCUUAGUCCCAGAGCACUUAUGAGGCUCUUGGAUCAGAAACCUACGGCACUGGUGCUACAGCAGGGUGCUUGUUAUCACUGAAUGCUCCAAAAGGUUCACCAACCCUGUGUCUGGGUUUAUCCCCGAGGAGAGAGCGAGCGAGAGUACAACCAACCUAUGAGUUCCAUUAAUGGUGUAUGUCUGUUUGAGAAUCAGAGAAAUUUAGAUUUCCUUCUUUCACUUAUCUGUAAUAGACAAAAUAAGAAAACAAUAAACAUUAAUAAAUACCAUAUAUCUUGCCAGUGUUUUGUCAAAAAUAUCUACAUUAUAAUAAGUGUAAG